GAGUGACGUCAGAGACAGGGAUAGUGUGGAAGACGGCAGUGGGUCGGAGUGCGGAGGUGGGCGUGUGUGCAGACGAUAGGGUGGAAUGAGGCAGUGAAAGACGGCCAGACGGAGAGUGAGACAGUCGGAUAGGGGAAGGCAAUGAGGGUGGCGACAAAGAGGAAGAGCUAUCGGCCGAUUCACACGGACACCUAAACAAUCUCUGGCUGUCAGCAAUGGCACCGAAUCCUGAAUGUCUCGCCGUCUGGUGUGGGAUUCUCCAAGUGCUGAAUCUCUGGACUCGGACUACAGGUGAUAAAUCGAUAUCUGUCCUGCGCGGAUCAAGUGUGGAGUUGCCCUGUGACAUUCCUGCUGCCAACGAUGUCUCCAGACUAUACGUUGUCUGGAGUGUGACUCCUGCGAAUGAUGGGGGACCUCCGAGACAGGUGAUUCUGUUUCAGGAUGGAGUGGUGAUCACAAGCCCCUGGGGCACUGGAUCACGGGCCAGAUUUGCCGACCAUCCCACUCGGAGUGGCAGUGUUGGCAUAGAGAGGGUGCAGCAGGAAGACGCGGGGCUCUACCAGUGUGUCGCCAUCAACCCCGCCAGUGCCCACCACUCCCGUAUCCAGACCAUCACUCUGCACGUCCUGGAUGCUCCCACACACCCCAAUUGUGCAAUGGAGGGGGAGGAGGUGCUUGGAGGCAGCGUGAUCCUCACUUGCGACUCAUCCACCGGCAACCCAGCUCCCAUGUACAGCUGGUGGAGGGUGGACUCCAAUAGGAACCAGAUGCUCAACUCCUCACACACUUCUCAAGGAACGUUGAUCAUACAGAAUCUCUCGGUGGACAGUUCCGGUGUCUACCUCUGCAUCGCCUCCAAUGACCUGGGAUCAGACAGAUGUUCCGUGGAACUGAUACUGAAAAUCUUCCAGGAGAGUGUCCACGGAAUGGCGACUGCGAUAGGCAUCACACUGACCAUGGGGGUGAUUAUCGUCACCUUGUUUGGAAUCAUCCUGUGGCUCCACUCGAGGAACAAGGAGCCGCGGUCUGGAUUCUGGGCAGCAGCUCUGCAGAUGCUGCCUGACCUGCAGACAUCCAGAUGUGAGGCAAAGCAGCAGCGAGAUCAUGGACCAUACACAGAUUAUAGAGGAGGAGGUGUUUGCUGACUUGAGGGUGAAUUCGAUCAUAUUAUCACUUACCCCGAAGGGUUCUAUUACUUAAGCUCUCUAAUCAAUUCCAGUUCAUUACACAUGGCCUAAUCCAUUACAGCUGACCACCUAAUGGGCUCAACCAUGAGCUGCUCUAAAAAGCAUUUUGAAGACACUCUGGAAAUUCCCCCUCUUGGAAUCCCGCAUCAACCUGCUUUUCCCAAUCUCAUGCAUAUUAAAAUCCUCCAUGACUUUUGUAACAUUGCCCUUUUGGCAUGCAUCUUUUAUCUCCUUUUGUAACUCGUAGACCAUAUCCUUACUACUAUUUUGGGGUCUGUUACAACUCCAUAGAAUCUUUUUACCCUUGCAGUUCCUUAGCUCUAUCCACAACAAUUCAACACCUUCCAACCCUAUGUCACCUCUUUCUAAUAAUUUGAUUUCAUUUUUUACCAACAGAGCCAUGUCAACCCUCUGCCUUCCUGCCUAUCCUUUCAAUGCAAUGUUUAUUCUUGGACAUUAAACCCCCAGCUGUAAACUUCUUUCAGCCAUUAUUCAGUGAUUGCUACAGCAUCAUACUUUCCAAUCUGUAACUGUGCUACAUAUUCAUCUACCUUAUUCUGUAUACUGCGCGUAUUCAAAUAAAAAUCCUUUAGUCCUGUAUUCACCUUUUUUGAUUUGUCUGCCUUUUGUCAUCCUGUUGACAGCAUUUUUGCCCUAUUAUCUGCCUCUCAAUGCCAGGGACCUCACUACACAUUGCCUGUUUGUAAAUCAACUACGGCUUUGUGACAAAAAAAGCACAACAGCGUCUCUUCCACCUCAGGUGACUGAAGAAGUUCGGCACGAGCCCCCAAAUCCUCAAGACCUUCUACUGGGCACCAUUGAGCGCAUCCUGACUGGCUGUGUCACUGCCUGGUACGGGGACGACACCAGUGAUUGCUGGGCACUGCAGAGAGUGGUAUGGACAGCCCAGCAUAUCUGUGGAUGUGAACUUACCUCCACU